AUGGCUGAUCUAGAGCAGUUCAACGAGGUGAUCCCUCAGAAGCGGCUUCUAUCGCCGUUCAUGCUGCGGAAGAUUCCGCCGGUGCCCGACCAUGAGAACCGCCAGGUCUACCCCGAACGCACCGCCAACUGGCUCUCCCACGUUUUCUUCUGGUGGCUCUCCCCCGUCAUGAAGCGGGGCUACAAGCGAACGUUAGUCCCCGACGACUUGUUUGCCCUCCCCGACUACAUGAAGGUCGAGCAUAUGACCAAGAAGUUCUACGACAUCUUCUACCAAGACUACGAAAACGCCAAGCGGAAGCAUGUGGCCAAAAAGCUCAAGGAAAACCCCCACAUGUCCGAGGAGGAGGCCGAGAAGGACUUCACCGCCCCCAAGUUUCUCACGAUGUUCGCCGUGAUCAAGACGUUCAAGUGGCAAUACUUCUUCUCGUGCUUGUCGCUUGCUCUUGCCCAGGGUGGGUUCACCACCAACCCGCUUCUUUCGAAAAAGCUUAUCCAGUACGUCGAACACAAAGCCGUCGGCAUGGACUCCGGUGUCGGUAAAGGUAUCGGUUACGCGUUUGGGCUGGCGGCGAUGGUGCUUGUCAACGGUAUCUUCAUCAACCACUUCUUCUACCGACUGAUGCUUACCGGGGCCGAGGCCAAGGCCGUCCUCACUAAGGCUCUCCUCGAAAAGCUGUACAAGUUGCUGGCGUUCUCGAAGCACAAGUACCCCCCGGGUAAAAUCACCCUGAUGAUGGGCACCGACUUGGCCCGUAUCGACUUUGCCCUUGGUCUCCAGCCGUACUUGAUCAUUUUCCCCAUCCCCCUUGGCGUGGCCAUUGCCAUCCUUAUCGUCAAUAUCGGUCCCGUCGCCUUGAUUGGGGUGGCGUUGUUGUUCGUGUUCAUCGUCGCCAUCUCGUUCCUGACGAAGAAGUUGUUCCAGUUCCGUCGCAAGGCCACCGUGUUCACCGAUCUGCGGGUCAACUACAUCAAGGAAGCCCUCAACAACUUAAAGGUCAUCAAGUUCUAUUCGUGGGAGCCGCCCUACCACGACAAUAUCCUGGAUAUCCGCCGCUCGGAGAUGAAAAUCGUCAAGCGCAUGCAAAUGUUGCGUAACAUCGUGUUGGCCGUGGCUACCGUGUUGACGUUGUUCGCCCUGAUGGUGACGUUCCUCGUGUUGUACGGUGUUAACAAGAAGAAGAACCGCGACCCGGCGCUGAUCUUCUCGUCGGUGUCGUUAUUCAACGUCUUGGCCCAGCAGGUGAUCAUGAUGCCAAUGGCGCUCGCCCUGGGUGCCGAUGCGAUGUUGGGUAUGCUGCGUGUCGGCCUGUUCCUCGUCGCUGAAGAGACUGACUCCGAAGCCAGCAGAAUCCAAGCCGACGAAGAGACCGCUGCCAUCAUGGCCGCCGACAGCGACGCUAUCCGUGUUGACAACGCCCUGUUUGUGUGGGAACUGUUUGAGGACGAAGACUCUCCUGCCAAGUCCGAAAAGGCCGAAGUCGAACAAGUCAAGCUGGUGUCUCUGCUGCACCUGCUGCUGGUGGACACCAAACGCGAAGAACAGGUCAACGAGAAGCUUGAGGAAAUGGCUAAGUUCACCGGUUUGCACGACAUCGACUUGACCAUCCGCAAGGGUGAGUUUAUUGUGAUUACUGGUGUUAUUGGUCUGGGUAAAUCGUCGUUGUUGGCAGCGUUGCUGGGGUUCAUGAAGCGUGUCUCGGGUCUGGUGGCGGUGAACGGAAGCUUGUUGUUGUGUGGCUACCCUUGGGUUCAAAACGCCACUGUCAAGGAGAACAUUUUGUUUGGCUCGCCUUUUGACCAAAAGCGCUACGAUGAUGUCAUCUACGCCUGUCUGUUGGAGCUGGAUCUCGAAAUCUUGCCCGGUGGUGAUCUUGCCGAAAUUGGUGAAAGAGGUAUCACGCUUUCAGGUGGUCAAAAGGCUCGUAUCAACUUGGCCAGAGCCGUCUACGCCGACCGUGAUAUCAUUCUCAUGGACGAUGUGCUUUCUGCCGUCGACGCCAGAGUUGGUAAGCACAUCAUGAACGAAUGCUUCAUGGGGCUUUUGAAGGAUAAGACUAGAGUUUUGGCCACCCACCAGUUGCUGCUUAUUGGCACCGCCGACCGGGUGGUUUUCUUGAACGCUGACGGUACGUGUGACAUUGGCACCUUCCAGCAAUUAUCGGAAAACAACCCCGACUUCCAGAACUUGAUGACCUUCUCUCUGGACCAAGCCAAGAAGGAAGAGGACGAAGCCGAGAUUGAACUGAUCCACCUGGAGGUUGUCGAGAAGGAAACUGAGUUGAUUCAACGCCAAGUGCUGAAGCUUCUGGCUGAAGAUGAGGAUGUGGAAGCUGUUCGCCAUGACUUGACCAAGCUGAGAGGCAUGGACGGUAAGAUUAUUGCCGAUGAGGAAAAGGCGAUCAAUGCCAUUUCGUGGCGCGUGUACUGGAUGUACUUCAAGCUGGGCUCGGGUAGGUUGCCUCCCGCUUUAUUCUUGCCGCUCUUGAUCUUGAUCUGUACGCUUGCGACAUUCUGCCAGCUCUUCACCAACGUCUGGCUUUCUUUCUGGACCGAACACAAGUUCCGCCGAUCUGAUGGGUUCUACAUUGGGAUUUACGUGAUGUUCACCUGCAUGGCCUUUAUUACCCUUAUUAUCGAAUACCUUUUGCUCGUUCACCUCACUAACACGGCUGCUACCACUCUUAACGUCAAAGCUGUCAAGCGGGUGUUGCAUGCGCCAAUGGCGUAUAUGGACGUCACGCCUAUGGGGAGAAUUCUUAAUCGAUUUACUAAAGACACAGAUGUUCUCGAUAACGAAGUCGGUGAUCAGCUCCGUUUCUUUAUCUUUGUCUUGUCGCAAAUUAUCGGUGUGCUUAUCUUGUGUAUUUGUUACUUGCCCUGGUUUGCCAUCGCCAUUCCCUUCUUGGCCAUCCUCUUCGUCCUGAUUCUGAACUACUACCAGGCGCUGGCCCGUGAAAUCAAGCGUUUGGAAGCCGUUCAACGGUCUUUCGUUUACAACAACUUCAACGAAACCCUCAGUGGCAUGGCUACCAUUAAGGCCUACGAUGCUGGUGGGCGGUUUAUGGAGCAACUGGAUCACUAUAUCGACCGCAUGAACGAGGCCUACUACGUCACGAUUGCUAACCAACGGUGGUUGGCACUUCAGAUGGAUUUUGUUGCCGUUGGUGUUGCUCUUUUGGUGGCUCUUCUCUCCGUGUUCCGCGUCUUCAACAUUCUGGCUGCUUCCGUGGGGCUUUUGGUGUCUUACGUGUUCCAGAUUGCGGGUCAGUUGCUGAUGUUGAUUCGUACCUAUACUCAAGUCGAAAACGAAAUGAACUCCGCAGAAAGAUUGUAUCAGUACGCUUGCAACUUGCCCGAGGAAGCGCCCUACGUGAUUACUGAGACGACUCCGCCUCCGGAAUGGCCUGCUCACGGUCAAAUUACUUUUGACAACGCGCUGUUGGCGUACCGUCCCGGUCUUCCUCUUGUUCUCAAGAACUUGUCGUUCGAUGUCAAGCCACAUGAAAAGAUUGGUAUCUGUGGUCGUACCGGUGCUGGUAAGUCCUCGAUCAUGACAGCUUUGUACCGUCUUCAAGAGCUUUCUCUGGGUAAGAUUGAAAUUGAUGGAAUUGAUAUCUCGACGUUGGGGCUUCAAGCAUUGCGGUCUAAGCUCCUGAUCAUUCCGCAAGACCCUGUGCUUUUCAGAGGUACCGUCCGCUACAACUUAGAUCCCUUUAACCAACACUCCAACGAAAAGUUGUGGGAUGCUUUACGCCGGACGGGGCUCAUCGAGCAAGGCAAGCUUGCUCAAGUCAUGGCACAAACCCGCCAGGCGGGUGCUGAUAUUCACAAAUUUCACUUGGACCAACCUGUCGAAGAUGAUGGUGCUAACUUCUCAUUGGGUGAGCGUCAACUUAUCGCGUUUGCUAGAGCGCUUGUGCGGGAUCUGACGAUUCUUAUUUUGGAUGAGGCGACGUCACUGGUUGAUUACGAAACCGACUCCAAGAUUCAACUGACCAUUAUCCGGGAAUUUGCUCAAUGCACCAUUUUGUGUAUCGCUCACCGUCUUAAGACCAUCUUGAAUUACGACAGAAUUCUCGUCCUAGACCGCGGGGAAAUUGCCGAGUUCGACACCCCUUACAACUUGUUCCGUAAGGAUGGCCUGAUUUUCCAACAAAUGUGCCAGAGAUCUAAUAUUACUGAGGCCGACUUCAGCGCAACCCGAAACUUCUAA